CCCAAAAUACCCACCUGAAGCCCUUUGCUUUGUAUGGAAGUGGCCAGCAUCACUGCCGGGGUGAAGGAUAUAUCAUUGGAAACACAGUGACCAGUGGUUAUAUUCGUGCUACCAUCGCCGGAAGUGAUGAGGAUCGUUAUUGUGCUGUCACUGCUGCUGCUGAACAUACAUCAUGUCAUAUCAGCACCCAAAGGCGUCACUGCCAGUCUAUCAGCAAAGUGGAGCAUGACGCCUUUCCUUCUGGAGACCAGUGAAUUUAUUGGAGAAGAUGGGAAUGAGAAAUUCUGGCAGUUUGUUGAUACCGUGAAAGAGCUCACUGUAUACAAGCAAGGAGAAUCUGUGCGCUCGUAUUACAACUUGAUCCUAAAGAAGGCUGGCCAGUUUCUUACAGAUCUUCAAGUUAAUCUCCUCAAAUUUGCUCUGGCCCUACGGUCAUACUCACCAGCUGUUCGGGCAUCCCAGCAGAUAGCCAGUGAUGAGCCUCCACCUGAGGCUUGUCCUGCCUUUGUCUCCAUCCAUGGUCAACAUAGCUGCAGUACCAAAGACAUCAAGAAGCUCCUGAAGACAGCUGCAGGCAGGCCAAAACCAUUUUUAUACAAGAACGACCACACAUAUCCAGGGGUCAAUAAAACAGAUGUGCCAGUCGUGAUCCUCUAUGCUGAGAUUGGAACCAAGAAGUUCACCUCGUUUCAUAAGGUGCUUUCAGAGAAAGCUGGAGAGGGCACACUUACAUAUGUGCUGCGGCACUUUGUAGCGGAUCCAAAGCCUCAAAAGAUGCUUUUAUCUGGGUAUGGUGUUGAGCUGGCUAUCAAAAGCACAGAAUAUAAAGCUGUGGAUGACACCAAAGUAAAAGAUUCAGGUGCAAAUGCUGAGGAAGACAAUAAUGAUGAAGUCCAAGGGUUUGUUUUUGGAACGUUAAAGAAAUCUCACCCUGAACUCGAGGAGCAACUGGUCGAGCUUCGCAAACAUCUCCUGGAGAGUACAAAUGACAUGGUUCCUCUCAAAGUUUGGGAAAUGCAAGAUCUUAGUGUCCAGGCAGCUGCCAGUAUCAUGUCCGUGCCAAAGUUCGAUGCUUUGAAGCUCAUGCAGGACCUCAGUCAGAACUUUCCGAGCAAAGCCAGAUCACUGACAAGAGUGGCCGUAAAGCCGGAAAUGAGAAAAGAAAUUGAGGAGAACCAAAAGCGUCUCAGUGAGUCCAUCGGUGUACAUCCGGGAGACGGAGAGCUCUUUAUCAACGGACUGCACAUUGAUCUGGACAUUCACAACCCUUUCAGCAUUUUAGACAUCCUCAGAGGAGAGGCCAGGGUCUUAGAGGGGCUUCAUAACUUGGGCAUAAAAGGAGAACAUCAAGGCAAGCUGCUGCGGUUACCUGUGAACGCUGUGGAUGACAGCUACGCCUUAGAUAUCAGACAUCCAGCUAUAAUGUGGAUAAAUGACAUAGAGAAUGACCCAGUGUACCAAAGCUGGCCAACGGGUGUACAGGAGCUCCUCAGGGCCACUUUUCCUGGAGUCAUUCGGCAGAUCCGACGCAAUCUCUUCAACCUGGUGCUGUUCCUAGAUCCAGUUCGGGAAGAAAGUGUUGAGCUGGUGAAAUUAGCAGAGCUUUUCUACAAGCACAAGAUCCCCCUGAGAAUUGGCUUUGUGUUUGUUGUCAACUCCAACGAUGAGAUUGAUGGCUUCUCAGAUGCAGGGGUUGGAUUUUUCAGACUGCUGAAUUACAUUGCAGACGAGUAUGAUUUAUCCCAGGCUCUGAUGUCUAUGGUGUCAUUGUACAACACAGUAGAUGGAGGGGAGCCGCUGUCUGUUGAGACAAUCUCUGCUUACCUUAAGAGAAAAUUCCCUAAAGCCAAUGCUGAACGGAUUCUCGGCGUAGAAUCUGAGUAUGACGACAAAAGAAAAGACGGUGCCCUCUUCUACAAAAAGAGUGGCCUGGGUGCCUUACCACUGGCUUUAUUUAAUGGAGUCCCUCUGAGCCCUGAUGAGAUGGACCCAGAAGAGCUGGAAACCAUCAUUCUGCAGCGCAUAAUGGACACCACCACCGCCUUCCAGAGAGCUGUCUUUAUGGGUCAGUUGACUGAGGGUUCAAAUGUGGUGGACUAUCUCAUGGAGCAGGCAAACGUGGUUCCCAGGAUGAACCCUCUUAUUCUAAGCACUGACCGGAUGUACCUUGACUACACUUCCAAACCAGUUAUAGAUGAUUGGGAGGACACAACUAUGUUUUCAUACUAUGACUCCAGAGACAAAACAGCUGUGAUGGCUAAGAAAAUGAAGUACUUUACAAAUAGUGAUGAGGAUGGGAUGACUGCUGUGACCAUCUGGAUAGCCGGAGAUUUUGAGAAGCUCUCAGGAAGAAAACUGUUACUCAGUGCUCUGAAACGUGUGAAGGCCAGCCCUGGAGUGCGUGUGGGGGUGAUAGAUAACCCCAGCGGAAAGCCAAGAGAAGAUAACACUGUGCUGUACAGGGCUAUCUGGGCCUCUCUCCUCACCCAGAAGAAUAAGGCUGCAGCAGAGUUUGUGCAAAAACUCUUGAGGGAGGAGAGCAGCCAGCUCCUCCAAAAGGGGACCAAGAUGAAGGACUUACUGAUGCAGGGCAUGGACAAAGAUGCCUUUGAGAAAAAGUUCAACACCCUGGAGUUGGAUUUUAUUCGUAGUCAGCAGCUGUUUUGUCAUGAUGUCCUGAAACUGAGUCCUGGACAGCAGGCAGUGAUCAGCAACGGCAGAAUCCUCGGUCCAUUUGAAGAGCAGGAAGAAUUCACUGUGGAGGAUUUCCAGCUGCUGGAGAAGAUUACACUGAGCGGUUCUGCAGAGAAAGUCAAAGCCAAAGUUAAACUGAUGGGGAUGAAAGCAAAGCACGCCAGUGACUUAGUCAUGAAAGUUGAUGCCCUCCUAAGUGCAGCACCGAAAGGAGAGGUCAGGAGAGAUGUCCACUUUAUCAAAGACACCCACAGUGUGCUGCAUCUCUCCCCACGUGAAAACGAGGUUUUCUAUGAUGUUGUGGCCAUCGUUGAUCCCCUCACUAGGGAGGCACAGAAGAUGUCCCCUCUACUGAUAGUGCUCAGUCAAGUGGUCAAUGUGAGACUGCAGGUGUUUAUGAAUUGCAGGGCCAAGUUGUCCGAGAUGCCCCUCAAGAGCUUUUACCGUUUUGUCUUGGAGUCUGAUGUGAAUUUCUUGGCCAACAACACAGUGUCUCCAGGACCAGUUGCCCGGUUCAUGGAGCUCCCGGAAUCUCCUCUUCUCACCCUAAAUAUGAUCACACCAGAGAGCUGGAUGGUGCAGGCUGUCAGCAGCCCCCACGACCUGGAUAACAUCCACCUGCAGGAGGUGAACGGGGUUGUGACAGCAGAGUAUGAGCUGGAGCACCUUCUGCUGGAGGGCCACUGCUUUGACCUGUCAACUGGCCAGCCUCCCCGUGGACUGCAGUUUACCCUGGGCGUGAGUCGGGACCCGCUCAUGUAUGAUACUAUCGUCAUGGCUAACCUGGGAUAUUUCCAGCUGAAAGCCAAUCCUGGUGCCUGGAUCCUCAAAUUACGUAAAGGGAGAUCGGAGGAUAUCUAUCAGGUUCUCACGCAUGAUGGAACCGAUUCCCCUGCAGAUUCUGGUGAUGUCAUUGUUGUUCUGAACAGUUUCCACAGUAAAAUCAUCAAAGUCAGAGUGCAGAAAAAGGCAGAGAAGAUCAAUGAGGAUCUGUUAAGUGAAAAUAGUGAAAGCAAAGGCAUAUGGGACUCUAUAGCAAGCAUCACCGGUGGUGGCUCCAAGAAAGAUGAUGGAGAGAAGAAGAAGGAGGACGUUCUAAACAUAUUUUCUGUGGCCUCGGGCCAUCUGUAUGAGCGCUUUCUGAGAAUAAUGAUGCUGUCCGUCCUUCGGCAUACCAAAACACCUGUCAAGUUCUGGUUCCUCAAGAACUACCUCUCUCCGUCUUUCAAGGAGACCAUCGCUCACAUGGCAGAGAACUAUGGCUUUCAGUAUGAAUUGGUUCAGUACAAGUGGCCCCGUUGGCUCCACCAGCAGACCGAGAAGCAGCGCAUCAUCUGGGGUUACAAGAUCCUCUUCCUGGAUGUUCUGUUCCCCUUGGCUGUGGACAAGAUCAUCUUUGUGGACGCAGAUCAGAUAGUUCGGGCUGAUCUGAAGGAGUUGAGGGAUUUCGACCUGGAGGGUGCUCCUUAUGGCUACACACCAUUUUGUGAUAGCCGCAGAGAGAUGGAUGGCUAUCGCUUCUGGAAAAGUGGCUACUGGGCCUCACAUCUAGGAAACAGGAAGUACCACAUCAGCGCUCUGUAUGUAGUAGAUUUAAAGAAGUUUCGAAAGAUUGCAGCUGGAGACAGAUUACGAGGCCAGUACCAAGCUCUGAGCCAAGACCCCAACAGUCUGUCCAACCUGGACCAGGACCUUCCCAACAACAUGAUCCACCAGGUCGUCAUCAAGUCUCUUCCACAGGAGUGGCUGUGGUGUGAGACGUGGUGUGAUGACACCUCCAAAGUCUCAGCUAAGACUAUAGACCUGUGCAAUAACCCAAAGACCAAGGAGCCCAAGCUAACGGCCGCAGCUAGGAUCGUACCUGAGUGGGUUGAAUACGACAACGAGAUAAAACAGCUACUGAGACAGGAACAGGAACAGGAAGACACGACAACACAACGACAGACUCCUUCUUCCUCACAACAUAAAAAAGUAGACAGCGGACGUGAUGAACUUUAGUGCCUGCCAGCAUCAUUCUGAAGAGGAAAGCAGGCAGCACCUUUUGCAAGCAGGCCUCCUGUGAAGCUUGAAGACAGACAAAAUCCAUCUAAACAUAGCCAAGGAGCGUUGCAACCCCAGCUAAAAAAAGGAUGUGAUAUUUUCAGAGAUUCCAUAUCUGCUUCUGCAGUCAAUACGUCUCACGAAAUUAACACAUGAUGUAAGUGGUAACUGUGAACUUGUGGGGUGCUAUCAGCACUACAAUCAUGGCUGGGUUAUUUUGCCGAAGAAUGAAUUGAACACAGAAAGAAUAGUGGGGUGAGGUCAGUCAAAGCUCUCUUAUUAGGUGUGAGUUUGAGAAUAAAUUGUUGGCAUAUGUUGCACUGAUAAUUUAACAAAAGAAUGGCACAUCUCUAAGAAUCUUAUCUCAAAGCGUAAUUCUUUUGAUGGAAAACUUUCAAAAAGCUGAUGCAUUUAGGUAUUCUUAAUUUGAAGUUGAUUUAAAAUGCUCAAACCAAAGUUUUGACUGACAUAAAGCUAAUCUGUUUUUUAAAUUUCAUAACAACAGGAAAAGUUGUUACAUUUGCCCUCUGGGACUGUAUCACUAUUACUGGGUGUCAUUUUUAUUUUUGCUGAAGGAAGGUAGUCUAGGGCAGGUUUUUAUUUUUCUUACUCCAUGUCUAUUUAAGUUCAGCCUUCCCUUGCAUGAUUUAUUAUCUUAAAAUGGGAUCGAAUAGUUAUUUCAAAAGAUGGCUAUCAUGGGUCUUAAAGGUACAUUUACAUGCAGAGGAUCAUCAAUCCUGCCUCGGUAACGGCUUUAUUUCCUCAUCACUAUUAAACAGGCAGCUUACGUCGAUUUCUGAAAACACAAUAAUGAAGAUCAUUUUCUUUAUUACUUAUUGAACGUCUCUACAGUACAUAGUCGCUCCUUUAUUCUGAAUCAUGAAGUUAAAUGUGUCAUACAAAGUAUGAAUAUAAUGUGAUCCACGUUGAGCAUCACCAUUCAUCAAUAUGAUUAGUUCUGCACAUACGUUUCCUUCAGUCCACAGAUGGAUAAACCUUUAUUUUAAUAUUUGUCAGUGGUUUGUUUGGUUCAGCAGGAAAUAAAAUUGCUUAGGAGUCUCCAGCUACUACUCCAAAACAUCCCCUAAUCUCAGGCAACCCCGUUAAAUGUAAUAAAUGCAAAGUUUUACUAUUUGGAAUGCUAGGCUGUGGUAGAAAUAGUUUUAAAAGUUCAGGUGUCAUGAAGGUUGAAGAAUAUCAGUUAAGCUUAGCAGUCUUUUGCUUAACAGGUUGAUUUUAAAUAACAUUCUGUACAAUUUGCAUCAUGAUCUCUGUCCAAGGCGCUGAUCCUUUGAGCCGUAUGAUGUGUGAGAUGUCUGACUGCCCCCCCACUAUACUAUUUAUGAUAACUGCUCCUGUCUUUAUUUUUUUCCAACACUGUCUCUUACACACCUGUUAAUGCAAUUCAAGCAUCAUGUUUAUAUGACAUCCAGAUAUUUGAGCUCAUACAGGCUAAUAAAUAAUGCAAUAAUAGAUUUUUUUAUUUUUUUUUUAGGCCAUUUGUUAUAAUUCAGAAUUUAGAGGAUGGUCAAAAUGUUGCAAUACUCUAGCCCCUUCAGCAAUCCCAUUUCCAUUUUCAAGGUUUGCAAAUUCUGUGACAUGCUGAGAAAUAGCUGUUUUUAUAUCUUGUGGACGGUAUUGCAUUUUUCUUCUAAUGUCAGGGAGAAUGUUCAAUGCAAUAAAUAAGCCUGGGGAGUGAAUCACUUUUUAAUAAAAUGUUAAAUAUUCAGACCUCCUCCUCGCCCCAAUCAUUUUCCUACUGUCCCUUAGAACAGCUGUUUGCAUAGACAAUUUACCGUUUGUUAACCUAGCCCCUGUACAGCGAUUGUCCAUAUGUAGCUUAGCAACCAUAGUAACUAAGGGGCACUUAACAAAUGAUCUUCUGUCUGUCCCUAAAAAGUCAUGUGAUGCUACAUGUAUAUUAGAUGACUUUGGCUCAGCGAACCAGGAAAGAGGAUGUUAUUGCUAAUCAAAGAAUCCUCAUUUGCACACCGAAGGUCAUGGUUUAUGGAUAAAUUAUAGGAUUUCAACCUGUUAUGUAUGAUGACAGCUUGCGUACAUUUGGCCUCACUGUCUUACGUUUUUCAAUUGUUUCAAUAAUUGUAUUCCACAAUGAUCCAGUGUUUUUUGUCUCAGGAAUAACACGGGUGUCGCUGCUCAACCAACGAAGGCUGUAGUUUUUUUUCUUGUCUUAAGUUUAAAAAAAGAAUGAUGCUGCUCUUAUGACACCCCUCUUUCACUGUGCUGUGUCAAAUAGAAAUGUUUAUAUUACUGUCUGGUGGAAAAAAUAAAUCUUUGCCACAAAAUCAGUGAAUUCUGUUGUCCCCAUGUGUGCUCAGUGGAUUUGUGAUUCAUGCUGUGAAAGAUCUCAAAAUAGGAAAUUGGUUCCUUACAAUAAACCAUUUGAUGUAAUGAUGAUGAAUUAGCAUUUCUAAGUGCCAUUUCUCAAACUGUAGCAAAGUCACCCUC